AUGGAUAAAACUUCUCAAGACUUGGAGCUCUAUACCAUCCCCAGCUACUCCAGUUGGUUCGCAUGGAACAACAUUCACGAAGUGGAAAGAUUUUCACUGAGAGAGUUUUUCGACGGGAGCACGGUGACCAGGUCACCCAGAAUCUACAAGGAGUACAGAGAUUUCAUCAUCUCCAAAUACAGGGAGGACCCAUCCAGAAGGCUGACCUUCACCGAUGUCCGGAAGUCACUCGUUGGUGAUGUCAGCAUCCUCCUUAAGGUGUUCACUUUUCUGGAGAAAUGGGGCCUCAUUAACUUUAACGCUGCUGAUAGUAACAAUGAGAAAACUGGGCGUGAUGAGGAAGAUGAGAAGUGGAGGGGUAGAGUGAAGGUGGAAGAAGGAGCUCCUCAUGGGGUGAGGGUAGUGGCCGCACCAAAUACGGUUAAACCAGUCUUACCGCCCCCUCUGCCACUGUCUGUGGCGGUGGAUGGUGGUGGGUUUGUUGGGGAAAUAGGGGAAAAUGGCUUCAAAUGGCCGCCAUUGGCUUCAUAUUCUGAUAUCUAUGGGGAGUUGAUGCAGCCGCAGAAGAAGGGUUUGGUGUGUGGAAGUUGCAAAGAUAGCUGUGAUUCGGCACACUAUGAAUACGAAAAGGAAACAAACUUUAUUCUGUGUCAAAAGUGCUUCAAAGGGGGUAACUAUGACCAGGACAAAGUAGCAGAUGGUUUCCAGUUAAAGGAUUGUGUGAAUCAAGCUACUGUGUGGACCGAGGCAGAAACUUCACUUCUCUUAGAAUCGGUUUUGAAGCAUGGAGAUGAUUGGGAUCUUGUUACUAGGAAUGUCCAGACAAAAACCAAACUGGAAUGUAUAUCAAAACUUAUACAGCUACCUUUUGGAGAUCUUAUGUUGGGGGCUAUACAUAGAAAGGGUAGAUAUUUGGAUCUACUUGCUGAUAGUAGUGACUCCAUACCAGCAAACAUAUGUUCUGACAAACCACAAGGAGCCGUGAAGGAGGAGCCAAACUCCGAGCUUCAUGAUAAAAACCAGCCAGAUGGAGAUGUUGAGAAUGAAGGUCCACCUCCUAAAAAAGUUCGCUCAGAGUUUACCUCAGAUGUUGGAAUUUCUUUGAUGAAAGAGGUAGCCCGUAUCUCUCGUUUGUUGGGCCCACAUGUCACCGCCUCUGCAAACGAAGCUGCUGUUGCUUCACUUUGCUUCGAGAAUCAGUGUUCGAGAGAAAUAUUUGAUGAUGAUGACAAUAAUAUGAACACAAAAUCUUCUCCUGAGAUUAGCAAUCAACAGAGAGUAUUUGAUUGCUAUUUGUCCACAGAAAUUCAGGAGACAUCCUCUGCAAAUAAUAUAAUACCAUUGAAUUUGCGAAUGAGGGCUGCAUCUGCUACAGCUCUUGGUGCAGCUGCUGCAAAUGCCAAGGUGUUGGCCGAUCAAGAGGAGAGAGAGAUUGCACAUUUGGUGGCUACUAUGAUUGAAUCCCAGUUGAAGAAAUUGCGGCGCAAGAUGAAGUAUUUUGAAGAAGUGGAGCUAAUUAUGGAAAAGGAGUACAGACAACUAGAGAAACUGGAAGAGUCGCUAUUAGCUCAGCGUAUAAGUUUCACUCAAAUGGUAGUUGGUGUUGCCAAAUCAAAGGAGCAUGACAAUGACAUAACCAAGUAUCCAACCGAUGUUGUUGAGUGA